AUGGAGAGAAGGGCUUGUUCAUUUGUCAAUCUUUUCUUCAUUGUAAUUCUUUUUACUGUAUUUGGUAAAUUAUCUAAAGCAGCAAAUUCAAAUUCAUUCGAAGAUAAUUUUAGUAAAAGCUGUCCAGACAACAAUUUCAAGACUUCUGAUGAUGGAUCAACCUGGUACCUCUCCUUGGACAAACAAGCAGGUUGUGGUUUUAUAACCAAGCAAAGAUACAGAUUUGGGUGGUUUAGCAUGAAGCUGAAACUGGUGGGAGGCGACUCGGCUGGAGUCGUAACGGCUUAUUAUAUGUGUACUGAAAAUGCAGCAGGGCCAGAGAGAGAUGAACUGGAUUUUGAGUUCUUGGGGAAUAGAAGUGGGCAACCUUAUCUAUUACAAACAAAUGUGUACAAGAAUGGAACUGGUGGGCGUGAAAUGAGGCACAGUUUGUGGUAUGACCCCACUGAAGAUUUCCACUCCUAUUCCAUUCUAUGGAACAAUCAUCAGAUAGUGUUUUUCGUGGAUAGAGUUCCAAUAAGAGUAUACAAAAAUGCAAACUACACGAACAACUUCUUCCCAAACGAGAAGCCAAUGUACUUAUUCUCAAGCAUCUGGAAUGCAGACGACUGGGCUACGAGAGGCGGCCUUGAGAAGACAGACUGGGAAAAGGCACCCUUUGUGUCAUCUUAUAAGGACUUCACUGCAGAUGGUUGUCAAUGGGAAGACCCUUUCCCUGCCUGUGUAUCCACCACCACUGAUAACUGGUGGGAUCAGUACAAUGCCUGGCACCUUUCAGAUGACAAGAAAAAGGAUUAUGCUUGGGUACAAAGAAACCUUGUAAUAUAUGAUUAUUGCAUGGAUACUGAAAGAUACCCAACAUUGCCUGAGGAAUGUUGGUUAAGUCCAUGGGACUGA